AUGCUGAGAACAAAAGCAUGUGGGUGGGUUUUACUUGUUAUCUCACAUUGCGUUUAUGGUAGGGUGAACAUGUUGGAUGAUGGUACCUCUGGCAGCAACAGGAUACGGACCUCACAGCAAGAAUGCUGUAUGGUUGGCUCAACUAUGCAUGGUAUUGGAUCUACAAAGCGAAACCUAGUACCACAAGUGGCAGAUCCUCUUUCGGCGAUGCUAUUAUUAUCACGGCUGCACGUCAAGGACGGCAUUGUACUACACUUUCCUGUGGAGCUCUACAUGUUGUGCCCGGGGACAGUGCGACUCAUGUUGCGGCCUUACGGAUUUAGAAAUGCAUCCUCUGUUCGCACGGCUCCAUCCUUUGACGGCUAUUGA